CCGCUUCCUACCGCCAUCCCACCCAACUUCUCACCCCCACGCGCCUGGCGCCUCAAAUAAUUCGCUGGCAAGGAGGAGCAAUGGCAGCGGUGCGGCCGCGCUACGGCAGUCACGGGCAAUCGCGCCUCUUCCACGACGCCUUUAGGUACUACUCGUCGCCGUCGCAGCUGCUUUAAUCGUCUCCGAUGUGAUCGUCCGUCGUCGGUCGUGUCGUACUAGUCGUCUCAUCGAUCGGAUGGGUGAUUUGGGCGUCUGUGGUGUGGGCAGAGGUGGCGACGCUCCGAUGGAGCCGCCCAAGGAGAUGGUGGCGCCGCCGGAGGAGCAGCAUCAGCAUCCUCCUCCUCUGUUCUUGGAUUACUCCCACGGAGAUGGAGUUGUUGGCUUUGAUGCUGUCGCAGAUGGCAGCCACGGCCGGAAGCGGCCGCGCGACACCGAGACACCGCCCCUGCCGCGGCUCUUGUCGCUGCAGACGCUGCAGGGUUCUCCGCGGCAAAAGAUGAUAAGCCUGGCGCAGCUGCAGAGGCGGCCAGCGACGACGGGCCUGCGGCUCGACUUCGACGACGGAGGCUCAGAGCACGCGGCGUGCACAUCGUCGUUCGACGACCAGUACACGACCGAGAUGGACCGGCUGAUCCAAGAACACGCGGAGAGACUCCGGCGCGCGCUAGCUGAUACGGGGCGUCGGCACAGCCGCUCGCUGCUCGGCGUGGCGGAGGCGUUGGCGGCGCGACGGGUCAGGGGCAAGGAGGCAGAGGCCUCGAGGGCGGUGCGGCGCGGCGCCGAGCUGGAGGAGCAGCUGGCUCGGCUGAGGGCGGACGCGGCGGCGUGGCAAGCGAAGGCAAUGUCCGACCAGUCCACGGCGGCCGGGCUCCACGCGCAGCUGCAGCAAGCGCAGGCGAGGAGCGGCAAGGCCGCCGAGCAGGACAACAGCGCGGCGGGCGCAGCGGACGACGCCGAGUCCGGCUUCGUCGACCCGGACAGGGUGGUGGAGCUGGUCGCGCCGCCGUUGGACAGGCCUUGCCGCGCGUGCCGUCUCCGGCCGGCCUCCACCGUGCUGCUCCCUUGCAGGCACCUCUGCGUGUGCGACUGGUGCGAGCCCGCCGUCUCGGCAUCCGCAGCCUGUCCCAGGUGCCGCUGCCCGGUCACCGGCAGCGUGCAAGUCUUCUUCUCUUGA